AUGGCUUGGCGGCACACAGCUCUGCAACAAAAUUUCUUGUUCUUUAUUGCUGCACGGCGCCGCCGGGGAUCCGAAUUAUUAGCAAGGCAGUGCAUCGAGAUGGGUGUCAAUCUAGAGGAAGUUGAUGCACACGGUCAGACGGCUUUAUUCUAUGCUGCAGCGCGCGGCAAUUUGGUCAUAGUGAAAUUCUUGCUUAAUCUGGGGUUUGAAGUGAACUUCCGGGACUUCGCCAGGAAGUCGGCUCUCUUCUUUGCCAUUGAGAAGAAUCACAUGGACGUUGUCGAUUUCUUAGUCGAACGCUCAGCAUCUGUGCUGAUCCAAUCAUCAGACGGGAUAACGCCUCAGGCCAUGCUGAAGGCCUUGGGGCACAAGGCCCCCAGCCGGAAGAGGCCCUGGGUGUCGCCGACACCGACUUGCGCGUGUCCGGGCGCGGCAACACGUAGCCGUUUUGCCCAGUGGGAAUGGGCCGGGGCCCAGGAGGAGACUGAGUCACUGAUUGAAAAAAAGGAGGACAACGUGCUCGUGGAGAACGCGCAGUACUACGUGUGUGCAUCAACGACAGGGUGUUCGAAGCGCCUCCGCCGCUCGGAACGGGAGUUUGUUGGAGAUCAUGCUCAUCUCCAUCAACAGGAGACCUGGUACAGCAACUUGACUCCUGAGAAUUCUGCCGCGCUCGUGAACGUGAGCAUGGGUGACGAAAAAGCACAUGAGAAGAUUAUUGACGAGUUGGCGCAGGGAUCACGGCCUCGUGCCUUCACGCUGGUAGCAGUGUCGCAACAGACACGCACAUUUGCCGGCCACAUCUAUGCAAGCUUUGACGAGGAGACCUUGAAGAUCGGCCAAGUCAAAGUGGACCGGCCCCAUCAAGAACGGGGACUAGGCGGUCUGCUACUCAAAGCGGCCGAGAAGCGAGCACGGAACUUGGGAGCAUCCAUCUCGAAAGUGAGAAGCAACAAUCCACAGAUGGGCCUCGCAGAUGUUGCCGUGUGGACUGAGCACAUUGUUGCAUAUUUCGUCUGGACUCACACGGUCUACUCGAGCAGUGUGCUGGGCCAUCUUCCCUCCCCGUUCACAGGUCGCCCUGAGUAUGUGCUGCCGGAGUCGCGCUCCCCAACCCCCGAGCUGCAGUCUCCAGGACUCCUACCAAAUCCGCAUGGGCCGACCCUUCAGCCAUCAGGUUUCUCCGUGAGCAGAGAUCCGGUUUACGAGCGCCAACCGCUCGCGAUGCCGUACGGGCUGCCAAGUGGAGAUGGGCGCGUGGCUUCUUCCCUUUGGCAAGCCAAGACCACACUAGGACCCGAGUUCCAGGAGGCACCGUUUCACCAAAAGUUUUCCCACUUGGAUUUCAAUGCCGAUCGGGACAGACGGUGGCCGUCGAGCUUCAGCUACCGGAUGGAGGCGCUGGACCAGCCGCCCAUGCCUUUGCCAGGAAGCUUUCCCGGCAAGCCCUUCACGUUGCUCAUCUUUGACUGGGAUGACACGCUUAUGUGCAGCUCAGCGAUCAAUGCCAACGAGUUCCUGCCGCAUCAGUACAACCAGCUCGAGAGCCUCGUGGAGCAGGUGCUUCUGGCGGCCAUGCGCCUUGGGGAGACUUGCAUCGUGACCAACGCAGACGAGAUGUGGGUCACCGAGAGCGCACGGCGCUACAUGCCACGUGUGCUUCCAAUACUGUCGCGCAUGCCCGUCGUGUCGGCACGACGGCGAUUCGAGCGCACCUGGCCUGGUGAUGUGUUUGCUUGGAAGCGGGAGGCCUUUCGCCAGGUCUUGUCCUCCUGGCAGGCGAAUGUGCUGGCUUCCGGGGGCAUGCACCUGAUUGUUCUCGGCGACUCCGUGGUCGAGAUGGAAGCCGCGCACACCUCCUCCGUGGGGUUGGUCUCGCCGACGGCCGUGAAGACGGUGAAAUUCAAGGAGGUUCCCACCGUCGAGGAGCUGCUGGAGCAGCUGACAAUGCUCAAUCAGGAGCUGGCUUCUAUCGUCGCAGACGACCGGAGCGGCUACAGGAGUUUGGCAACCAGGCUCUCCGGAUUUGGAGCUGCGUCCUCCCCCACGAACAGGCUGCCGGACACAGCAUACGGCACUAUGUCGAUGAGCCCGUACAGCUACCUGGGUGUGCCUCUCUCCGUGCCUUGA